GCGCGCGGCACCAGUACCAUUCGUCCUCCGCCAGCACGAGAGCGAGGCGCGUCUUCGCCGUGAUUGGGCGGGGGGCGGUGAUUCCUUCUGGCAGGAUUCUGGUAGAUCCCACCGGAGGAAACCCGGGUCCAGCUUUGACCGUCACAGCAGACGCGGUUGUUGCUCCUCCCGCGAGUUAGGAGAGAAUAAAAAGCAAGAAAGGAAAGGCUUCGGUGCAAAGGAAGCCACCGACCACCUUUAUUUUUUGUGCAUGUGUGUGUGUUGGGGGGCUGCGGUAAAAGUCGGUAACCAUGCCGGUGUUUCACACCAAGACCAUCGAGAGUAUCCUGGAGCCGGUGGCCCAGCAGAUCUCUCACCUGGUCAUCAUGCACGAAGAGGGCGAGGUGGACGGGAAAGCCAUCCCGGACCUGUCCGUGCCGGUGCAGGCGGUGCAGGCUGCAGUCAGCAACCUCGUGCGGGUUGGGAAGGAAACGGUUCAAACUACAGAAGACCAGGUGCUAAAGAGAGACAUGCCGCCUGCAUUCAUCAAGGUGGAGAACUCAUCUUCUAAACUGGUCCAAGCGGCUCAGAUGCUGAAGACUGACCCCUACUCAGUUCCUGCUCGGGAUUACCUCAUCGACGGAUCGAGAGGGAUUUUGUCGGGCACGUCUGACCUGCUGCUUACGUUCGACGAGGCCGAGGUGCGUAAAAUAAUCCGCGUCUGCAAAGGAAUCCUGGAGUAUCUGACAGUUUCUGAAGUGGUGGAGACCAUGGAGGACCUCGUCACAUACACCAAAAACCUGGGACCAGGGAUGACAAAGAUGUCGAAGAUGAUCGAGGAGAGACAGCAGGAGCUGACGCACCAGGAGCACAGACAGAUGCUCAUCAACUCCUUGACCACGGUCAAAGAGCUGCUGCCUGUCCUGAUAUCAGCGAUAAAGAUUUUCGUGGCAACCAAGAGCGGGCGCGGCGCCGGGAUGGAGGAGGCCGAGAGGAACCGACGCUUCACCUUCGAGAAGAUGAGCUGCGAGAUCACCGAGAUCAUCAGAGUCUUACAGCUCACCACGUGGGACGAAGACGCCUGGGCCAACAAGGAUAUGGAAGCGCUGAAGAGAUCUUUGGCUUUGAUCGAAUCAAAGAUGAUCCAAUCAAAAAGUUGGCUGAAAGACCCCUACGGACAACCAGGAGAACCCGGUGAGGUGGCAUUGCGUGUGAUUCUGGACGAAGCGGGAAAGGUGGGAGAGCUGUGUGCCGGGAAGGAGAGGAAAGAUAUCCUGGCGACACAUAAAGCUCUGGGACAAAUGACGGACCAGAUUGCGGAUCUCCGAGUCCGAGGCCAGGGUCCGAGCCAGGCUUGUGUCCAGCGUGCGAGCCAGUGCUCUCAGGGCUUGGACUUGUUAUUUGCAAAAGUGGAUAAAGCCGCUCGCAGACUGGAGGCUCUUAUCAACGCCAAGCAAGCCAUCGCCAGGAGGCUGGAUGCCGCACAGGCCUGGUUGGCCGACCCCAACGGCGGUCCGGAGGGUGAGGACAACGUCAGGGCGUUACUGGCGGAGGCCAAACGCAUUGCCGACCUGUGCGAGGACCCCAAAGACCGGGACGACAUCCUGCGCUCCAUCAGUGAGAUCGCGGGCCUCACCGCCAGAUUGGUGGAGCUUCGAAAACAAGGUAAAGGUGACAGUCCAGAAGCGCGCGCCUUGGCAAAGCAAAUCGGGGCGGCCCUGCUGACCCUGCAGGCCAAAACCAACCGAGCCGUUGCCAACAUGAGGCCCGCCAAGCCUGCAGUCACCUUGGAGGGCAAAAUGGAACAAGCGCUGCGCUGGGUCGCCAACCCUGGAGUGGAUGACAGAGGCGUAGGUCAGGCGGCUAUCAGAGGGAUGGUUGGAGAAGGGAGGAGGCUGGCAGGAGGCCUCCUGGGGCCGUACCGCCAGGACAUGAUGGGACGCUGCGACCGAGCGGAGGCUCUCAUGACAUCCUUGGCAGACGUGGCUGGCAGGGGCGAAGCCGAGGCCCCCCACGCUCGAGCGACUGCCGCGCAGCUCCAUGACAGCCUCAAGGAACUGAGGCAGAAAAUGCAGGAGGUGAUGACCCAGGAAGUAUCUGAUGUCUUCAGUGACACCACAACCCCAAUCAAAUUGCUGGCUGUAGCUGCGACCGCUCCCCCAGAUGCCCCUAACAGGGAAGAGGUUUUUGAGGAGCGCGCUGGGAACUUUGAGGCCCACGCGGGUCGUCUGGGGGCAACAGCUGAGAAGGCGGCUGCUGUGGGAACAGCCAAUAAGACCACGGUCGAGGGGAUUCACGCUGCAGUCAAACAUGCUCGUGAACUGACGCCACAGGUAACUUCUGCUGCUCGCAUCUUGUUGAAGAAUCCAGGGAACAAGGCAGCGUAUGAGCAUUUUGACACCAUGAAGAACCAGUGGAUCGACAACGUAGAGAAACUCACGGGUCUGGUAGAUGAGGCAAUAGACACAAAGUCACUGCUCGACGCCUCCGAGGAAGCCAUCAAGAAAGACAUCGACAAGUGCCAAGUUGCCAUGGCGAAUGUUCAGCCCCAAAUGCUUGUUGCCGGGGCGACAAGCAUCGCGCGGCGAGCCAAUCGGGUUCUGCUGGUGGCCAAGAGGGAAGUGGAGAACUCGGAAGAUCCGAGCUUCAGGGACUCGGUAAAACACGCGUCAGACGUCCUGUCGCACACCAUCUCCCCCAUGGUCAUGGACGCCAAAGCGGUGGCAGGCAACAUGCAAGAUAAAGGGCUGCAGAAGGCCUAUUUGGACUCCUGUCUAAGGAUCCUGGGCGCUGUUGGAAAAGUCAGAGAGGCCUUCCAGCCUCAGGAGAUAGACUUCCCCCCUCCACCACCUGACCUCGAUAAGCUCCAAGUUCCGCUGAGCGAUGAGCAGGCUCCACCCAAGCCGCCGCUGCCAGAGGGCGAGGUGCCGCCCCCUCGUCCUCCUCCUCCCGAGGAAAAGGAUGAAGAGUUCCCGGAGCAGAAGGCUGGAGAGGUCGUCAGCGAGCCAAUGAUGGUGGCCGCCAAACAGCUGCACGACGAGGCCCGCAAGUGGUCCAGCAAGGAGGCAGUAGAGGUAGAUGAUGAAGAUGAGUUUACUGAUGGUGAGGAUGACUAUGAGCCAGAGCUGCUGCUGAUGCCCUCCAACCAGCCUGUCAAUCAACCCAUGCUGGCGGCUGCCCAGGCUCUGCACCAGGAGGCGCGCAAGUGGUCCAGCAAGGGCAACGACAUCAUCGCGGCCGCCAAGCGCAUGGCUCUCCUGAUGGCCGAGAUGUCCCGGCUGGUGCGCGGCGGCAGCGGCAACAAGCGAGCGCUGAUCCAGUGCGCCAAGGACAUCGCCAAAGCGUCGGAUGAGGUGACGAGACUCGCCAAGGAAGUGGCCAAGCAGUGCACGGACAGACGCAUCAGGACCAACCUGCUGCAGGUGUGUGAGCGGAUCCCUACCAUCAGUACUCAGUUGAAGAUUUUAUCCACGGUGAAAGCAACCAUGCUGGGUAGAACAAACAUUAGCGAAGAGGAGUCCGAGCAGGCCACAGAGAUGCUGGUCCACAACGCCCAGAACCUGAUGCAGUCUGUGAAGGAGACAGUCAGGGAAGCUGAGGCGGCCUCCAUCAAGAUCCGCACGGACGCGGGAUUCACUUUGCGCUGGGUGCGCAAGACUCCCUGGUACCAGUGAACGCAGCAGUGACUUUGUGAACAGAAUACGUAUAAAAGAGUGGAAAAAAAAAAAAGAAGUAGCAACAUCGACAUACUGCAGAUGAUUCUCCAUCAUCCACUGUAGAUUUGCGUCAUUUAAAGCUUCUUUUGUCCCUUAUUAAAAUGGACACAAAGGAAGCCUUUUUAUUAAUAUAUAUUUUUGGUAUGUUGAUUGCAGGUAGCUAUAUAUUUUUUGCAUGAAGAUGUUUUCUAGUUUCUAAAAGGCGACUCGAAACAUUGUGAUAGGACUUUUGUGUUUCAAAGAGCGUUAUUUCUUAACAAUGAAGUAUUUUGUGUGUGAAUGAGUGUACAUCGAUCUCAGAUAUUCAGGACAAAGCCCCCCCCCCCCCCACACACACACACACAUGUUUACUUUGACAUUUAACGCUGCUCUUAACUAAUUGAAGAUCUGCGUGUCAGUUUCAAGGUUUGGUGGCGCUUAUCGCUUGAACGAUGUAGUCUUUUGGAUUUUAAAUGCUUGGCAAUGAAGUGUGUAAUUCCAUAAAUGAGUGACUGCUGAUAAAAUGGCACAUUUCACCAAAUUGAAGUAUUUGCAUAGUGUUGGUUUUGAGUGUGUGCGUGUGUGUGUGGUGUGUGUGUGUGUGUGUUGUGCACGUGCGCAUGAGUGACAAUAUGGAGGAACACAUGAUUAAUGAUCGGGAUAGGUAUAAUAAAUAAAAAUUAGAUUUUUAUUAAAUUUAAGCAAUUUUAUUUUCUUUAUUGCUAAUGAGUUCUUUUCUUUUGGGCAAAAAUGGUGUGUUAUACUUGUUGGUUCAGUCUCAUCUAGUUUUCUGUCUUAAGAUAACCAACAGCACUCUUGCCCAAAGUCAGCUGGGAUAGUCUCCAGGACUCCCGCAACCCUUGUGAGGAUCAGCAGCUUGGAAAAUGGAUGGAUGGAUUUUGGCUAUAGGAAGCCUAGCCACGCAAUGUACAGAAUGUACUCCUCCAAAAAACUGAGCUCAAUACAACAUUGGCAUGGAAACAGGAACUACAUGUAUCGUAUUCUGAUAAUUGAAGUGUUUGAAAUUCAAAUUUCCCUCACAGUUAGUCAAGGAAAUAUAUAGUCAAAUAUCCAACCCUAUUGAAAUGUGAAGGUUUUAUGCCUGCUGAUUUUUUUUUAAAUAUUAUUUUGAAGCAAAAUGCUGCAUUUGGCAUUGCAUUACAAAUUAAAGCUAUACUAUAUAAUAAUUCAAAAGCCCAUCACCACACACCUUUUUUUUUACCGAAUUUCGUAUCUUUUCUACCAACGUGUAACUUUUGUUUUCAUGUACUAUUUCCAUAACAGUUGAAUUGUUUUGGGGUCAUGUAUUUGGAGUUGUGGGGUCACAAUUACACAAAAUUACACGCAACCAAUGCCGCACUCCAUGGAUUUUAAGAUCUUGUUUUGCUUUUAUUAUAAAGUAUUUUGUAUGAUUGCUGGGCAAAUGUAACUGUUAAAUGGAGCAUCAUUUUGUGUGUGUGUCAAUGUAAAGAUGCACGCUAUUAAAGGGAAAGAAUGUAACGAGCAUGUACCAUCCGCUUUCUCAGAGCGACAGGGAGUACAAACGAUUAGUAUAUAUGUACUCGCGUGAUGUAUCUCAUGCACCCGGAUUGUAUCCUGAGAGUUGAUGGCCACUCAAACAUGUGCUCUGUUUGUGCCUUGGAAAAAUAAAAAGACUGAUUCUGAAUGACAA